AGUCGCCUUCCUUUCUGCGCUGCCUUGUAGAUUGUUACUCUGCAGACUGCUUGCGGGACCUUUGCCACCGCCGCAAUGUUCCUAAAGGUGCAAGUGUUGUUCGUCUGCGUCGUCUUUGAAGCCUACGCCUUAGACCCCCACCAGCCGCACCAGGCUGGUUACACGGGUGUAGGCUUUAUAGGCUAUGCUACUCCAUCGGCGCCCUACGGAAGAUACAACGCCUAUACCUCUCCGCCUCAGCCGUACAGCUUCGGCUACGACAACGUGGACGAGUAUGGCAACCGGCAGUUCCGGAGCGAGCAAGGUGAUUCCAACAACGCCAAGACCGGCUCCUACGGUUAUCGAGACGCGAACGGUCUCUACAGGCGUGUGAACUACGUGGCCGAUGCGAACGGCUUCCGUGCCACCGUGGACACCAACGAGCCAGGCAGCGCACCUGGUGUCAGCGCCGACGCGGUCUUCAGCGCUGCGCCAGUCGUCCCUCCGAUUCCUUCAGGAGUUGCACAGAUUGGUGCACCCACAGCGUCUGCUGCUAGAGCGGCAGCGCCUUACAACGCUGGUGGCUACAGUGGGUACGGCAGAUACGGUUACAACCCGUACGUAGGCGCUUCUGGAGCUCAUGACAACACCCCGUACGGAGGUCAGGGUUAUGUGGCCAGCCGUCCAGCACUUGGCGGAUACACUUACGGCGGCAGUGUUCCUGAUGGCUACGGGGCUGUCGGAUAUGCAGCGGGUUACGCUCCGGGUUUCUACGGUGCCCCAGCUGGAUACGGAAGUUGGCCUUCUGCUCAUCAUGGAUACCGCCGUCGGUAAUGAAAUUUGUUGCAGUGCGUACAAGCUCGACUUCUACUAUCGUUAAGUGCGUAUCAUGCGGGUUGAUACAGUUGAAGGAAAAAGCGAAUAAAAAUGUUAUGUGA